UACCAUCCCAUGGAUGAUAGCAUACGACCAUCUCAGGCUGCCAAACGUCGCUCUGUUCACGGCGAGAAGCAACUACUCGCAGAUUUUCCAAGUAGCUUCUUCUCGGAGCAUACUGACAGAGAGGUAGAUAGUCCAACACAAGUCGACCAUGAGAGCGAGCCUGAGGAGGCGCCGAGAAAGGUCGCAAUGGGAAAGAAGCGAAAACGAUCUCAUUUCCAAUCACCUGGCCCUACCAGACGCUCUUCGCGAAAGACUUCAGAUCCGAAGACAGCAUAUAAUAUGAGCAUCCACCCCCAAGACGAAGAUCUGAAGCUAUUGAGUACCAAUGACAGCGAAGUCGACAUUCCAGCCCACGGGCGACGGAAGUUUCAGCGUACGGCUGAGCCUUUGUUGGAUGAUAGAGUCUUCAAGUCAGCCAGCUCCCAGCAUCAGAGACAUGCUCAGGUUCUGGACCUGACUGGCUCGAACUAUAUUGAUGGCGAAGAUGAUCGGGGCUUCGAGAUAGAUAUAGAAACAACUAGAAAGGAGACGAUAGUUCUAGAUUCAUCCUUGCCGGUAUCGUUAUUCGCUAAUCCUCAACCGCAUGGCAUCCGCCGCAAGGAGGGACUCGAUGUGUGGAAGCUGUUACCAGGCGAUCGAUACUUCCGUCAUGACCGGGACUCAUGGCCGGUGUCUGACGCUCAAUCGUUCGAGAUAUUCGAAGAGUGCCUCGAGGAUCAGCUAGCAGCGGAAGCUAUGGCACUUUCGCCCUUGGACUACGAACAUGACGACAAAGAAAACAACAGCAACGGCCUAGACGUCGACCUCACACUAGAUCCUCUCGAAGAAAUCUCCGUCCGUUCGGCUUCACAGUACAGGCGUUCGAGUGAGGAUAGCCAGGUGUCGGGUCAAACUGCCUUGGUCAAUCACGCCCUUUACGACACCUCUGGGGAACGCCUGCAGUCAUACGGUCUUGGGGGCAGCGACGGUACCCAUGAUGAGCAGGCUGGUACUGGGGAAACCAGCACUCUUGCCGGAUACAUGCGUGUUAUCAGACCCGGCUCGCAGUUACUGCAGGCUCCA